CAAGAACCAGUGGACAUGAACCAUUGUAGUGUGACCAGUGUAUAAAUAAGGAUGCGAGUUAAUGAGUGAAAAAGAUAUAAAAUUUAUGUAUGAACCAUUUUGUUGCAUUUGUCUCGAGAAUAAUACAAUUAAGUAAUGGCUCAUUUCAUGAAGAAAGCACUUCAGUUAACUCCGAAUCAAUUACUGUACCAACAAAAGCGUUACAGGGGAAAGAUAAACAUUAAAAAACCGAAAAUAUAUUUUAAGAAAAGAGUAUUGAACACUCUUUUAACGCCGUUCUUUGUCAAUCCCAACAAAGAUAAAACUCUGGAACAAUUUUGUAUUGACUCACAAAAGGUAGAAGUCGAGAAACAGUUGGGCCCUUACGAUCAAAUAAUAGCGAGGGAAGUUCGUAAUUGGUUUGACAAUUCUAAAAUGAUUGGUUGCUUGCACGUAAACAGUAUGAAGCAGCUGGAUAUAUUCGACGUUCGAGUUGCACUUUUCAGGGAAAAUAUGCACUACAAGUAUUAUGGGCCUCGUAUUAUAAACUAUGUCAUUAAGAAUUCACGUUACGAGGCUCUUGCCCCGUUAGUUAGCAAGUACACUUCGUUUGUGUUCAGUCCUGAAAUAAACAUGAUUGCUUUAGAAAAGAUUAUCAAGAAAAGCAAGAAAAUGUUCAUAAUAGGGGGAGUAUUGGAAGGACAAGUCUUGAGCUACGAUGAUUUUCUGAGAUACGGAGAAAUGGAUAUUAUAACGGCGCAGCUAGGUUUGGUUCAAACAUUACAGAAUGCAGGAGGCCUUAACCUGAAUCGACAACUCACACAUCAUCAGACGACACUUGUAACACGACUGGAACAGAUCGGUACAAAUGAGACAACCUCCAACGAUAAGAAGUGAACAAUCGGUGCCUGUAUAAUUGCAAAGCUACCUGUAUCUAUAAUUUAUUAUAUGUUUAUGAUGCACA